GACCAGGUAUACCAUCAUAGGUGCUUUGGGGAGUUGGGGUUUUUCUGCACUUCUGUGAAACACAGAAAGCUGUACUACAAGAUGACAAUCCUGCCACUCUUCUGGCUCUUGUUCUUUUGCAGGAGAACUGUGGCACAGAGUGGAACGUACCUGAUCACUGCACCCAAAACCCUUCGACUAGAUGCAACAGAGAGAGUGGUCGUGCAGCUCUUCGGCUAUGAGGAGAGCGUAACCUUCACUGUGUCCCUCAAGAGCUACCCAGAUAAGCAGAAGACAUACUCCACCCAGUCUGUGACACUCACAGCAGAAAAUCGCUACCAAGAUGCUGUCACACUGAGGCUGUUACCUGCGAGUUUCCCAAAGGAAGCCCAGCACGUCUACCUGGAGGCACGCUCCAGGGACUUCACGAAGGAGGAGAAGCUGAGGGUGACCCGUGAAAACGGCUUCAUGUUCAUCCAGACAGACAAGCCACUGUAUAACCCUGAGCAGUCAGUGAAGGUGCGAGUGUUUUCUCUCAAUGAGGAACUGAAGCCAGCCCUGAGGCCUGUCACUCUCACUUUUUCGGAUCCGGAGGAAGUUAAAGUGGACAUUGUGCAGAUGAGAGAUGUCAGUGGAAUUCUCUCAAUGCCUGCACCAUUUAAGAUCCCCCUAAAACCAAAAUUUGGUGUCUGGAGGAUUGAGGCCACUUAUUCAGAUGACUUCAGUACGCAGGCCUCAGCUGAAUUUGAGGUUAAGGAAUAUGUUUUACCUAGCAUAUCUGUGCUAAUUCAACCAGAACUCAACUACAUCUCUUCUGCCAACUUUGAAUCAUUUAAGCUGACAGUAACAGCCAGGUACAACCACGGGUCUCCAGUGUCUACUGCAAACGUGUUCCUGAGAUAUGGCUACAUCGAUGGGCCCAACACUGUCUUGUUGCCGCACACCAUCACAAGAGAAGUGUUGACUGAUGGAACAUUGGAAGUGUUAUUCAACACCAAAGAAGCACUGGAACAACAGAACAGCGAUGGGCCCAGAACCCUGCAAGACAUGAAUGGGAAGUUUCUGUAUGUGGCCAUCACAGUACAGGAGACUGAUGGUGGAAUUUCUCAGGAGGCAGAGUUGGCUUCCGUUAAAUUCCUUCAGUCACCCUUCACCCUAAAUCUGAUUGCAACUCCACCAUUCAUCAAGCCUGGACUGCCGUACUUUAUAAGGGUUCUUGUGAAGGAUCCUCUGGGGAAGCCAGUAGGUGGGGUACCAGUGAAAGUACGUGCUUUGAUAACCAAAAAUGAUGGAGAAGAGGGCUUGUUUGAAUACUCUGGAAAGCAAGAGGGUCAUGGGCAGACGAGGAACAAAGAUGGCACCACAAACUUUGUUUACAAUAUACCCUCUGACUGCAAAUCUGCUGUUUUUACUCUGGAAACUGCUGACCAGAGCCUGCCUCCCAACAACCAGGCUGUUUUAAAACAUGAAACUGUAGCCUAUUAUUCUACCAACAAGCGCUAUCUUUACAUUGAUUGGGCUUCUCAUAAUCAGGAGUUGACCGUGGGAGAUUGGGUCAGCAUUAAUAUCUACUUCCAGCAUUAUAGCAAUAUCCCACUCGAAUCCUUCAGCUACCAGGUUAUUUCUAAGGGAACGAUUGUGAAGUUUGAUACUAUUCCUCAUCACCAUGGAACCACCUUCCAGCCUAUCAACUUUAAGGUGACGUCGGACAUGGUGCCUUCUGCCCGCCUGCUGGUCUAUUACAUCAUGACUGGGGAAACCAUGGCCGAGCUUGUAGCAGACUCCGUGUGGAUGGGCGUGAAAGAUAAAUGUGUCAAUGAUCUCCAGGUGAAGCUCUCAGCUCCUCUACGGGAGUACAGUCCCCAGGAUAACCUUGAUCUGCAGGUGGAGGCGAGGUUUAACUCCCUCGUAGCCCUGUCCUCAGUUGACACCGCUGUCUACAAUCUCAGAGCUCCCAAUAAAGACCCUCUGGCCAUGGUUCUGCAUCACUUUGAGAAGAGUGACCAAGGCUGUGGGGGUGGCGGAGGGAAAGAUAACUCUGAUGUGUUUCAUCUCGCUGGCUUGACGUUCAUGACCAAUGCCAACGCUCGGGCCACCCAGUCUGAAGGUGAAACUUGCUCAGCUCUGGUACGGUCAAAAAGACAAACCCGCAUACAUCCGGAACUUAAGCAGAAAGUUAUGUCCUAUAAAGAAAAGCAAAUAUGCUGCAUAAUGGGAAUAAGAAGCAGUCCCUUCUUGGACACCUGCACAUCCCGGGCUGAUGGGCUCCGAAACAAGUACAACGAGCCAAGAUGCAAGGAAAUCUUCAUAGAUUGCUGCGAGUUUCACAUUAAACUUCAGAAAACACACGCCGGCGAUCAGAUUCUUGCACGUAUGGAGAUCGAAGUUUACCUGGGAUGGAUCACCUCACGAAUACGCACUUACUUCCCAGAGAGCUUGCUCUGGGAGACUCAUCGCAUCACUGAUAGGUCAGGGCUGAUUACCUUGAACAGAAAGUUACCAGACUCUCUCACCACCUGGGAGAUGAGAGCUGUGGGGAUGUUCAGUGAGGGAAUAUGUGUAUCAGAUCCACUGAGGGUUCAGGUGACCCAGCAAGUAAGCCUGGACGUACCUCUGCCUUAUUCUAUGGUCCGUGGGGAGCAUUUGGAGCUGCUUGGUUCUGUCUAUAACCAACUUAGUAAAGAUUCAUGGUAUUGCGUGACACUCACAGCACCCAAGGAGAUUUGUCUGGUUCAUGGUCGCCCUUUUGGAGAGGACGGGGCACAAAGGACACCAUGCAACAAGAAGGACCUGAAGAGUACCUCUGUCAACAGGGUUUCCUUCACGUUCAUGGCCUUGGAGGCGGGGUCUCACUCACUUAAAUUUACUCUACAGAGUCCUCUAGGCUCCGAAACUGUAAUCAAGACCCUCCGUGUGGUGCCCGAGGGCAUCAAGACCGAACUGAACAUUGCAGGAACUCUGGAUCCACAAGCUGUCUACGGGACUUUGAAAAAGAGGCUGGAAUUCAAGAACAGUGCCCCUGCCAGGCUGGUACCGAAGUCCAGCGUGGAACGUGUCCUCACCAUCAGCGGUGAACUCUUUGGAGAGGUGCUGGCCUUUGUGAAUGAUCCGAACGGUCUGCACCAGUUGACUGGCCUGCCGCGUGGUUCUGCUGAAGCAGAGAUUAUGAGCAUCCUCCCCAUCUAUUACGUCUUCCAAUUCCUGGAGCAGACAGACAGGUGGGAGCUGUUGGGGCAUGACAAAGCCAAAAGCCGUAUGGAGCUCGAGCAGAAGCUGAGAGAAGGGGUCACCAGCCUCAUGUCAUUCAAGAAAAAAACUGAGAAUGGCUACAGCAUGUGGAAACACAGAGAAGCCAGCACAUGGUUGACUGCUCUAGUGUUGAAGACUCUUGGACAGGUGAACAAAUACGUUGCUGUGGAUGAGAAGUCAUUUUGCAACUCCAUCUUUUGGCUGGUGUCUACCUGUCAGAAUAUGGAUGGCUCCUUCAAAGAGCUUUCUGACUACAAGCCAGUUAAACUUAUGGGUGCAGGAGCAAACGUCCAGGAGCAGACUGUGUUCAUCACCUCCUUUGUCGUAAUUGGUAUCAAGACUGCAAUGGCAGUUCCAGCAUGCAACUUGAUGGAAUUUAAGAAUGCCCUGAAACAUGCCACAAGAUACCUAUCUGACAAUUUCCAGUCUCUGAAGAGUUUGUAUGUGCGAGCGAUCACCGCUUAUGCCUUGGCCUUGGUCGACCCUGGCAGCAUGCCUGCACGUGAACUGUAUGAGAGACUGCAGAAUUAUGCCCAAGUGAAAGGAAAUCCUCCUGUGAUUCGCUUCUGGCAGGAGGAAAAGGAGCCUCUCAACCCUUCGACGCCCAAUAGGAUCUCCACACAGACUGUGGAGACCACGGUGUAUGUCCUGCUCACUGCUAUGCUCUUUGGGCAUAAAGAAUAUGCCGCCCCCAUCCUCAGGUGGCUGACCCAGGACCAGCGCUAUGGAGGAGGAUUCCACUCAACACAGGACACCAUUCUUACUCUGGAGGCCUUGAAAGAAUACAGCCAACUAGUCCAGCAUUCCAAGCUUGAUAUGGAGAUCCGUGCCAGCUACAGAAAUAAGGGAGAAUUGAACAUUUUUAGGCUCUCAGAGAUUCACCAUGUGAGCAGAUCAAUACAGGUCGGGCAAACUGACGAUGUCAUCCUAAGCACAGGAAGUAGUUCUGGAGUGUCAGUUGCAAAUUUGAAAACUGUAUACUACAGUAUGGCAGAGUCUAAUGAGAACUGUCACUUUGAUCUGAGCAUUGAAAUUCAGCCCGCUGUUCAGGGCUCCACAGAUGUUAUGUUCUUGUUACCCCGCCUUAUCGCCUGUGCCAAGUACAAGCCUCUGGAGAAUGAAGUGUUUAUGGAGUCAGCACACGCUGUCAUGGAGAUCCAUUUGCCUACAGGUAUCCAGCCCUUACAGGAGGACCUGGAUAUGAUGCAGAAUGCACUGGAUUCUCUAGUGUCCCAUUAUGAAAUUAAGGGAGACCAGGUCAUUCUCCAGCUGGACUCUAUUCCUUCAGCGAAACUUCAGUGUGUGGGAUUUCGGAUACAAGAACUCUUCCGCACUGGCAUGACAAGCUCCUCCCUAUUUAAAGUGUAUGAGUACCAUGACCCAGACAGCCAGUGUUCCAAGCUUUACAACCCACAUGUGGAGCGUAGAUUUCUGAGACUGUGUGAAGGGGACGAGUGCCAAUGCAUGGCAGCUGAAUGCAGCAACUUCAAAAGCAGCAUGGAUCUCACCAUCACUGCCCAAAUGCGAUUAGAUGCAGCUUGCGAAGACAAAAUAAAAUAUGCCUUUAAAGUGAAAAUUGAGUCCUCAUCGGAAGAAGGAGAUUUUGUGAAUUAUGUUGCCAAAAUAGAAGAUAUUUUAAAAAAGGGUACUGAACAUGUACAGAGAAACAGUGAGGUAACGUUUGUGAAGAAGGCAACUUGCAUGGAUGUGAACCUGCAAAAAGGGAACUAUUAUCUAAUCAUGGGGGGCGAGGGAAUGGAGAGAGUGGUGAAGCGGAUAUAUCAGUACAGGUUCCCCCUUGACUCCCAGGCAUGGGUAGAGUGGUGGCCUUCAAGUGAUUGCGAGGGGAGUUCCUGCUCUGGUUUUCUGGAUGUCCUGGAGGAUUUUUCAGAGACCUUCCUUCUAAUGGGCUGCCCAUGACUUGUAACGAACACCCUGAGUCAGGGGCCCUGUGUUGGGGGGGGGGGGGUUAUCAAGUUAGGAAGAUUCCAAGGGCCUCUAAGUGACAGAAGUCCUAAGAAAUUAGAAACAGAAUUUUAUUGGUCUGGAUAUUGGGGGCCCAAAAUCCCCAGCAGGGCCUCUGUCCCGAGUCAGUGAUCUACUUGGCAUUUAUCAUACUAUUGAAGACAAAUGGGCAUGUAUGAAUGUGUAUAUAUAGUAUAUAUGUUUGUCCUGAGCAAAUAUAAUCAUGAAAAAUUAUUUUAAAUAGUUGUCUCUGUAUGUACAUGUUAUUGGAUGAGUGGUUGAAAGGCAGAUUAAUGGAUAUAAUUCUACUUUUUGAAUAGCAUUUCUCUUGGCUGUACCCCAUCCCAUGGAUUAAGAUCAAUUAUAUAUAUUAAAAAAAAACACGCUACAA